AUGGUGAAAAGACUUUACAUUCGGGCCCACACCGACUACGACUCCAAGUUCCAGGUGGUGCCGAUUAACGUCAAUGAGCCCAUUGUCUUCGAGCUGAAGCUCGGCAAGUUUGAACUUAUCAUCGAUAUCAAAGGAUUCGACGGGUCAGAGUACCAUUUGCACAACAGUUGCUACCUGCAAGGCGACCACAAGUUUCUUGAUGGCACCUCCCGCUCCAAGGACGACAACUUCGACGUACGCAGCAAUGCCAACGUCCAGUUCGAAGUGUUUUUCACUCCUAACCAUGACAUCAACCUGAGCGAAUUGGUGUUUGGCAACGAUUGUCCCGUCCCCGUACGCGGUGUCAUUCCCACUACACUCCUCAAUACUGGGCUUAAGUUGUUCAAUUGGUUCAUCAAUGAUACCGUUAAGGGGAACUUGACUAUCGAUACCCCCUAUAUCUACGGGUUAGGCAUCAAUCUGUUCACCUUUGUUACGAUCGCUCCUAAAGGCUUGGGACCGGAAAAGCUCAAAGGCAAACAUGGUUACAAUGAAGGCUUAGGGAAGCAGCAAAAAACCGAAAGCCUUUCCAUCCCCGAUGGUCUGGAUGAACGUGUGAGCUAUUUCAUGAAGGAUAAGCACUGUAAGAAGUUUACUUUCCACAAGGGCGUUCGCUACCAGCUUCUGUUUGAAUCCAACUUGAUCAAAAUGGCCGAUUCCGCGUACGCCGUGAGUCUCCCAGCUUGGGGUCUGAAGACCUUCGACAUCGACGUGACCCUGUAUGCCAAUGACACGCUUAACAACUUCAAUUGGGUCAUUAAGGAAGGUGGACAUGAUGGAUUUAAAGAUGGAACCGUCGGGUUGGUCGUCAACUUUGCUUUGGUCGACGAACCCAAAAACCGCAAGCCUACCUCAGACAAAGCCGCCGAGACUACGGCUAAUGAUACUGCCAAGGACUCCAAAACUGAAUCGCUGCUGGCUAGGCAAGAGCAGGCGCUGGAAGCGGCGCUGCAAAAGGACACCGCGCCCACGAAGGAGUCAUCUCAAGCCACACAACCCUCAUCAACCACUAAUGCUGACGAAGCUAAAUCAUUGCCAUCGGAACACCAUGAGUCUCGGGUGUUGUUUAGGAAGUCCGCUCCCGUCAAAGGACUCGAACCACUUGAGGAUCUUCACAUAAACGACGAAGUUGAAUAG